CCCUUAUCGUCAUCGGACCAAGUGAAAAAAAUUGUCGGAGGUCAGGAUGACACCCUGCAAAAUACUCCUCCAGCGGCUCCAGAAGCUCCACGUGUCCCCAAGUCAAUUCAUCCAUUUAGCGAAACGUAAUUAUCAUUUUACACCGCGAGUUUUUUCGGUGGGAAAUGGUGAUGACACCCUCCGAGGAAUUAUCAGGUAUUGGAGCCAGAGAUUCGAGGAUGAGGGCAUCCCAGAGCCCGUGGGAUCCAUCGAGCACAUCCUUGCACACGUCAUUGGCAGGAAAUCGAUUUUAGAUCUGGCGAAUUAUUUUGACAGGAAAUUGACAGCUGAAGAGGCGAAAAAAUUGGAGUUACUUUGCGAGUGCAGAUUGUCAAGAAUGCCAGUUCAAUAUAUAAUUGGAGAAUGGGAUUUUCGAGACAUCACUCUGAAGCUGGUGCCUCCGAUUUUCAUUCCCCGCCCCGAAACCGAAUUCUUCAUCGAUUUCAUCCUGAAGAGGCUGUCCGAGUCCUCCGGGAGUCCGAGAGUCCUCGAAAUUGGCACGGGAUCUGGUGCGAUUUCUCUCGCUCUAGCCCACUCCUGUGAUAAGGUGCACUGCAUUGCCAUCGAUCAGAAUCCCCACGCGUGUGAUCUCGCCAGGGAGAACUGCAGGAAUCUCAACCUCCAGGAUCGAAUUUCCAUCGUCAAUGCUACCCUGGAGGCUCCAGGGAGAAUUCAAAAAAUUGAUAACCAAUGCGGUGUUGAUUUCGAGGAGGAUAAAUUCGAUUUCAUCGUUAGCAAUCCACCGUACGUUCCCACCAAGAAAAUUAUGAACCUAGAACCUGAGGUCAAAGUCUUCGAGGAUAUCAGAGCACUGGACGGUGGACCGGAUGGCCUCAAGCUGAUAAAACCUAUCAUGAGGUAUGCGUCGACAGCUCUGAAUCCCCUUGGCCACCUAUUCCUGGAGAUUGACACCUCUCACAGCGAAUACAUCAAAUUUUUCACUGAAAAAUUCACAGAUCUCAACCUGAAAUUCGAUCACGUGUACAAAGAUUACUGCAACAACGAUAGGUUUAUUGAAAUAACUAAACUUAAAUAAUUGAAAUCAAUAAAUAAAUUGUACAAAUCCGCAUGCUCGUUCAACUG